GGGCCAAGUGUUCCCACAGGUGUGUCAACAUGCUGGGCUCCUUCAGCUGUGUGUGUCACCCAGGCUUCGAACUGGGUGCUGAUGGCAAACAGUGCUACCGCAUCGAGAUGGAGAUUGUCAACAGCUGUGAGAAGAACAAUGGAGGUUGCUCUCAUCACUGUGACCAUACCACCAACGGCCCGCUCUGCUCCUGCAACCACGGCUACCAGCUGGAUCAGGACAGGAAGACCUGUGUAGAUAGUGAUGAGUGCAUCAGCGGGGAAGCCUGCUGCAGUCACUUCUGUAAAAACUACCCGGGUGGCUAUGAGUGCAGCUGCAGAGCUGGUCACAGACUGAACCCAGACGGCUGUGGCUGCAAUGACAUCGAUGAGUGCCUCGUAGAGACCUCAGGCUGUGAACACUACUGCGUCAACACCCUGGGAACAUAUGAGUGCUUUUGUCGAAUGGGCUUCCGCUUGGAUCAGGACCAGCACUCCUGCAUCUCUUUGUAUGGCAGAGAACUGGAAGAAGAAGAGGAAGAAGAAGAGGAGGAGGAGGAGGAGGAAGAAGGGGAUGAGCAGCUGGGGGUCCACAGAUUACCAGACCUGCUGUUCCGCAAAGCCCCUCAGCUCCUGCAGUACACAGCAGCCUUGCGCUACCGGGAUGAUACAGAUGAUAAUAACGAUGAAGGGGGUGACAGCGAUAAAGAAUUAGAGAUCCAGAGGGAGCGUCGAGGAGAGCUGAGACUAGACAGCAGCAUAGUGUGUCUAGGUGGCUCAUUCGGGCAUGACUGCAGUGUGAGCUGUGAGGACUGUAUGAAUGGAGAGUGUAGUGAAGACAGAGACCGAUGUGAAUGUUUUCCUGGAUGGACUGGCACCAUCUGCAAUGAGACAUGUUCUCAGGGGACCUAUGGGCAGGCCUGUAACAGCCUGUGCCGUUGUCAGAAUGGGGGCUUGUGUGACCCCGUGACUGGGAAGUGUUUGUGCCCCCCUGGGGUGCAGGGCCUGCUCUGCGAGGAUGGUUGUCCCAGGGGUUAUUUCGGCAGGUUCUGCAGAAGCAAGUGUAACUGUCCCAACAAUGGACAUUGUCAUCGUCUGUAUGGAGGCUGCCUCUGCUCUCCAGGACUAUACGGCCGCUUCUGCCACCUGCCGUGUCCCAGGUGGACGCACGGUGCCGGCUGUUCCAAGGAAUGUGACUGCGUUCAAGAACAUUCCACUGGCUGUGACCCCAAAACAGGGAGCUGUUUCUGUAAGGCUGCAUACCGCGGGCCACAGUGUGAGAAAGAAUGUGAGCCUGGCUUGUUUGGCGCAGGCUGUGAGCAGCCAUGUGACUGUCCAGGUGGAGGGUCAUGUGACCCCAGGACUGGAGAGUGCGGCCAGAGAUGUCCUGCAGGCCUUCACGGAGACAAAUGUCAGCACGCCUGUUCAUCAUUGAGAUAUGGUGAAAACUGUCGUCUGCCCUGUGACUGUGAAGACGCUCCUUGUGAUCCUGUAACUGGACAGUGCAUCUGUCCUGCUGGGAAAACUGGAAUAUCAUGUCAGGAAGACUGCACUGAUGGAUUCUGGGGAUUGAAGUGCCAGUCACCCUGUCCUAGCUGUGAGAACGGAGGCUUCUGCAAUAAGAAGACGGGUGUGUGUGAAUGCAAACCAGGCUUCAUAGGGAUCGUCUGCCAAAACGAGUGUCCCCCAGGUUUCCACGGGCCAGGAUGUUUGAUGUCAUGUUCGUGCCCCCCUGAGGUCACCUGUGAGCCACAGACUGGAAGCUGUGUCUGCCCUCCUGGCAAAACUGGCAACGACUGUUCAACAUCAUGUGAAUCUGGUUACUGGGGCCAAAGCUGCCUCAGUCAAUGCCAGUGCAAAGAAAUGUCUCUGGGCUGUGAACCUGUCAGCGGUCAGUGCGUGUGUGAGGCUGGAUCCACUGGAGACCACUGUGAGAGGAAGUGUGAGAAUGGCAGGUAUGGUCAGGGAUGCACCCAGCAGUGCCAGUGUCACAAUGGAGCUCUCUGUGACCACGUGAGUGGAGCCUGUACAUGUUCACCUGGAUAUGCAGGGACCUAUUGUGAAAAAAAAGCUGCCACUUCUAACCAGUCGGAUGUUUUAUCUCGGCCCACAGUGUGCCCGGACGGCUUUUACGGUCUUGACUGUGGCCAGAUGUGCGAGUGCAGGAACGGUGCCCGCUGCCACCACAUCACAGGAGCCUGCCUAUGCACCGCCGGCUGGGCAGGACCACACUGCAUUCUGGAAUGCCCACAGGGUCACUUUGGGGAGCAGUGCAGUCAGACCUGUGGUUGUCAGAAUGGAGCCAGGUGUGACCACAUCAGCGGGCGAUGCAGCUGCAUGGCGGGCUGGACGGGGGUCAGCUGCCAACAGCCCUGUCCUCCAGGACAAUACGGGGAGAACUGUAACGGCAGAUGUCUGUGUCAUAACGGAGGCUCUUGUGAUGGCGUUACUGGACAUUGCUCCUGCUCACCCGGCUGGACAGGAGCUGCCUGUGAGUUAGAGUGUGAGGAAGGACGUUAUGGAGAGAACUGCACGCAGGCCUGCCGCUGUGUGAAUGGCCGAUGUGACAGAGUGGCGGGAAGAUGUGUGUGUCUGCCUGGCUGGACAGGAGAGCUCUGUCACACAGCCUGUUCUAAGGGAUUCUUUGGAGAGGGCUGUGAGCAGCGGUGUGACUGUGUCCAUAGUUUGAGUUGCCACCAUGUGACGGGCCGCUGUGAGUGUGAGCCAGGCUGGAGAGGAGCCAGCUGUGACAAACCCUGCCCUGCCGGCGUGUUCGGGCUGAACUGCAGCCAGCUGUGUGAAUGUUCAGGAGACCAAGAGCUGUGCCACCCUGUGACGGGGAAAUGCAGCUGCUUUCCUGGUUAUUACGGGGCUCGCUGUGAGCAGCGGUGUCGAGUAGGGACUUUUGGGCCAAACUGUAAGUCCAGAUGUAGUUGCAUCAACGGUGGUCGCUGUGACUUCAGGACGGGGACCUGCUACUGCACUCCUGGGUUCAUUGGAGCAAACUGCAGCUCAAGUUGCCCGAGUGGUUACUAUGGAAAGGACUGUGCUAAGCUGUGUUCCUGUGGGGAGGGAGGACAAUGCCACAAAGUGACUGGGAGAUGUAUCUGUGCCCCUGGUAGGAUGGGACAGUCCUGCCAACAAGCAUGUCCUAGGGGGCGCUAUGGCCUGCAGUGCAGACACACAUGCAGCUGUCAGAACGGGGGUUUGUGCGACCCUGUGGAUGGGUCCUGCAAGUGUGGAUUGGGCUGGACCGGACCUCGCUGUGAGACAGCCUGUUCAUCUGGAAGAUAUGGUCCUGACUGUGCACACAACUGUUCCUGCCUAAACAAUGGGACCUGCGACCGGCUUACUGGCUCCUGCAGCUGUACUGCUGGAUACUACGGCCACUCCUGUCAACACAGUUGCCCUUCUGGAUUCUUUGGAGUAAACUGUGUCCAUACGUGUGACUGCAAAGUGGGGCAGACAUGUGACCAUGAGACAGGCCAAUGUGUGUGUCCACCAGGCUACCAUGGGCCACAAUGCCAAACGCGGUGUGAUGCUGGGAGGUUUGGAUUGGGCUGUGGACAGUCAUGUGACUGUAAUGGUCAGGCCCCAUGUGACCCAACAUCCGGACAGUGCCUCUGUCCUCCAGGAAGGACGGGGCAGAGGUGUGAAAAAGACUGCGGAGGAGACCGGUUUGGUCCUGACUGCUCCCUGCCGUGCCACUGCUCCCUCAAGGCUCGAUGUGACGGGCUGAGCGGACGAUGUCUGUGCCCGCUCAGCUGGCUGGGUCCCACCUGCAGUGAAGUUUUGCACCAAACAGCAGGCUCGCUGAACUCCUCUGUGUCUCAGAGAAAGAGAAGGGCAGGCAGCAAAACCACAUAACCUAUGCAGAGGUGCAGACUCCUAACUGGAUGUUCAAACUCCGGGGUUUGGCUCUGUGGAGCUUUAAACUGAUCAUCUUGGUAAAGGUGAUGUUUGCAAUGUGAUGUUUUUGUGAAAGUGGAGCUCAGCUGUCAAGACCUGGCGCUCCAUCACUGAGCCUGGAGCUGGAGAUUUUCACCCAGGACAUGGACCUGAAAUGUGAGGGGCCUCAAAGGACCAGAAACCCCUGGAUCUCCAGGGAAACACAGACUUCUACACAAAUACCUUUAUGAACGUUGCAAAUUGGAAGAGGCUGAUGUCACUCCAGUUUGACUUUGUAGUUUUCUUUGUUAGAGGCAUUUUGAAAACGACAUGUCAAGACCUUCUUCUCUCUUCACUGAAGAGCCUUUACAACCAGCCCUUCCUAUGUGUGUCCCCAAAAAACAUCCUAUUUAGCACAUUGGAAUAGCAAGCAUUUCUCUGAUGACAAUUAAAUUCAUCUUCAACAGAUUUAGAGUUUAUGGGGACUCAUUUUCUAAAAAAAAAAGAAAAACAAAUCCAGAGGAAACUGCAAAGGAAGACAGCAAUAAUACAGCCAUUAUACCUUAAUACUAAACAUAAAUAUAUAUAUUUUUUAACUUAGAGUGGAACUAUUGACUGAGAAAAUUCAAAAGGUUUAAAGGCUGAACGUUGCUUUGUGUUAAUUACACACUGGACCAGGAUUGGCAUGUAUGACACCAGACCCAUUAAUGGUCUGCAUGUCCUUCUAUCCCACCGAAGCCCGACACAGUUUAGGUAGAUGGCUGUCCAACAUGAGUCCGGUUUCUGUUUGAGGUUUCUGCCUGUUUAAAGGUAAAAAGCACAUUCUGUACAAUUUCACUUCCCCACUAUAAAAAUAGAUGAAAAUGUGUCCACCAAUAAUUCAAAGAUAACAGUGUUCAAAUCAUUAAAUCGAAGUUUAAUGAUUUGGUAAAGCUAAUCAAAUCUUAUUUAUAGGGUAGGGGGGUCUUUGUUAUAUUGAAUACAACUUAAUCAAAUGAGUGAAUUAUUUUUCCUUUACAUAUCAAGUCUACUAUCCUGUUUUCCCCCCUGGAUUAGAAUUUGUUGAUAAAAGUUUUUGUUCUGAUUUCACAUAUUCAUAUUCAACCUGUAGAUUUUACAACUACGGGAUCCUUUCAUAAGAAUGGACUCCUUUUGAGUGAUUUUGUUGUCAAUACAACUGUCCAUAAUACAUCUGUGUAGUCUUUCUAUCUAUACGUUUUUCUGUGGUUGUUUCUGAAUUUAACAUGAUCAGGUUACCAUAAAGAGGCUUUCACACUCUCUCCUUAUUGGCGUUGAUCACGGGUGUGCUGGUUGUGAAAUACAAUUGGAGAAACUUGCAUGCUUUGCACUUCUUGUUAACUGAGUCAGCAGCUGAUGCAGAGAUUUGAAGUGUUAUGGAAAAUGACACAAUUGAUGUAAAUACUUUAGCUGCAACACCUUUCAAAAGAUAAGGUUUACAAUUCUACAAUCACAGCUGUUAAACAUUUAGCCUAAUGUGCUUUUGGUUUUAAUGAGGUGUUCUUUUCUUUGUGUCUGUAUCAUAUCUCAGGUCAGUGAAAUCUUUAUGAGCUGUAACCUACUGUUCUUAUAUAUAUAUAUAUAUAUACGGUCACAGUAUGUCUGUAUAAAAUUGCAAAACACAUUUUUUUCCCCUGACUGUGUCUUUAUAAUUUUCUGUUGAAUUUUGUCUAAAUAAAAUGUAGGAGCCGUGAACAAAACAAA